UGCGCGCGCGGCGGCGUUUCCGGCGGGAAGCUGAGAAGGGGACCCGAGUCACCGCCACGGACGCCCCGCGCGGGCCCGCGUCCGGCCAUGAAGUUUCGGGCCAAGAUCGUGGACGCGGCGUGUCUGAACCACUUCACGCGGGUCAGUGCCAUGGUAGCCAAGCUGGCCAAGAUCUGCACGCUGCGCAUCAGCCCGCAGACGAUGAACUUCAUCCUCUCCGACAAAGUGGCUGGCGGGGGCGUGAGCAUGUGGUGUGAGCUGGAGCAGGAGAACUUCUUCAGUGAAUUCCAGAUGGAGGGUGUCUCUGCAGAAAACAACGCCAUCUACCUAGAGCUGACCUCGGAAAAUCUGUCUCGGGCGUUGAAGACAGCCCAGAAUGCCAGAGCCCUGAAGGUCAAGCUGACGAACAAACACUUCCCCUGCCUCACCGUGUCCAUAGAGCUGUUAUCUGUGUCGAGCAGUAGCCGCAUUGUGACACACGACAUCCCUGUUAAGGUUAUUCCUAGAAAAUUGUGGAAGGAUUUGCAAGAACCUACAGUCCCGGACUCCGACGUCAGCAUUUAUCUUCCGGUCUUGAAGACCAUGAAGAGCAUCGUGGAAAAAAUGAGGAACCUCAGCAAUCACCUUAUUAUCGAAGCAAACCUAAGUGGAGACUUGAACUUGAAAAUAGAAACAGAACUCGUGUGUGUUACGACUCACUUUAAAGACCUGGGGAACCCUCCACUGGCCUCUGAGGACGCCUCCCAGGAUCGAGACCCAGAGCAGAUGGCUGAAGUGCGCAUAGACAUCCGGAAGCUCCUGCAGUUCCUCGCUGGGCAGCAAGUGAACCCCACGCGGGCCGUGUGCAACAUUGUCAGCAACAAGCUCGUCCAUUUUGAUUUGCUCCAUGAAGAUGUGUCCCUGCAGUACUUCAUCCCGGCCUUCUCGUAGCCCACCUCCGGCCACGCGUGUCUGUGCUUUACCCUGCCCCACCGUGAUAGUCUAGCU